AUGUCCUAUUUUAGCAAACUUUUGCCAUUUCCACCAAAUAUUGAAAAAUAAGAAAUUCCAAACGAUGUAAAUGAAAUCAUUCAAACUUUGAUUACUAAAGAGGCUUCACUUUAACAAUGGGAAAGCAUAUCUGUAAUCUAAUGAUUUUAUAUAUAUUAUAUAGUAUGCACUUUUCAAUCAUAAAAGAUAUGAUGACUUUCUUGAAUUAAUGAAAUAUUUGACUAAUAACUUAAUUAAUAGAUUCAACGAUGAUUAAAGUAAAAAAAUCAAAAUUAGAAUCUAUAAUUCAUUAUCUUUAUAUUAUUUGAUAUAAGCAACAAGAUAGGAUGGUUUUGAUAAGGCAUCAGACUAUUUUGACAAUGUUGUUAAAAAUUUUAACUUAUCAGAUCGUUAUGAUUUUGUCAGUCAUACAUUUAGUAUUAAAGGAUUAUUCUCAUUUUACAAAGGAGACAAAGAUUAAACAUUUAAUUAUUAUACAACUAAAAUUGAUGAAACAAACUCUUCAAAGUAUUAAUUCUAUUAAAUUAUCUUAGAGACACUCUUUCUGUUACUCCAUGUAUAGGUACUGCAUAAGCCUAUUUUGCAGUUGGUAAUUAUAAGGAUUCUUUAUAAUAUUUAAAAAGGGCUCUUAAAAACAAACCAAAUAUUGCUGGCAAAGCAAGAUUGGGAAUAGCUUAUUGCUAUUAUAAUUUGGAAUAAUAUUCAUUGGCUUUUUAUGCAUUCAAAAGAGUAUUACAAUUAGUAAAUAAAUCAUAAUAAUAUUUUAGGAACCUUAAAAUGUUGAAGCUCAUAUUGGUUUGGCAGUUUUAGCAUUUGAUAAAGGAGAUUAUGAUGAAUAUUUCAAUAGAUUGUGCAAAGCCUUUACUAUUAAUUAGAAUCACCCAAUUACAUUAUAUCAUUUAAGUGAACAUUAUCUAUUUAAAUUAGAUUAUCAAAGGGUAUUAUAUUCAUUUUUAAUUUAUAGGCUAUGAUUUGCAUAUAAAAUGGAUUAAAAGCUUUGGAUAAUGUAUCAAGAUUUUAAUUUAAAGAGAAAUCUUAAGAAGAUUAAUUCAGAAAUGAUUGGUCAUAAUUGAAAUGUAGAUAUCUCUAUUUAAUUGGUUUAAUUAAAUAAAUAGAGGGUGAAUAUGAAUAAUCUCUGAAAUAUUAUAAUCAAGCCAAAUAAUACAAUAGAAAUAAUGUUUUAGUUCUUUUAGGAUUGUCUUAAUUAUAUUUGAAUCCUUAAUCUCAAAAUUACACAGAAUCAUAUAAAUUAGCAGAGAAGAUAGCUAAACAAUAUGAGAAUACUGAUUUCAUUUGGGAAUUGUAUAAAUAAUUAGCUUAUAUCUAAUCAAAGAAUUUACAAAUUCGUAAACCAGUUAUUGAAACUUAUAGAAAAGCAUUAUAAUAUAAUGAUAAGGAUUUUGAAACAUUAAUAGAAUUUGCUUAAUAAAUAGAAAAUGAGGAUGCAUCAAUUUAUUAUUAAACUGCUGAAGAUCUACUUUUAUCAAAAUUUAAUAAUCAAAAGUAUACUAUGAUUUUAUAAAAAAUAACUGAAUAAAUCAUAUUUCCAGAAUUAUAUAUUAAUAUGGGUGUUCAUUUAGCAAAUAGUGAUUUAUAAAAAGCAUUAAAGAGUUAUGAAAAAUGUUAAUAAUUAAUAGAAGAAUUUUAGAUUCCUGAUUAUGUUGUAGAUACUUCAGAAGAGGCUUCAAAAUAAGAAGUUUAACUUAAGAAAAAUAUGUAUCAAAUUGUUCUUUCAUUUAAUAAAGGGAUUUUGAUGGAAUAAUUAGGAGAUUAUGUAACAGCUAUGGAAUUACAUUAAUAAUGCAUUAAAAUAAAUCCUUAUUUUAUUGAUAGUUAUGUAAGAUUGAGUUAUUUAUAAUUCCAUCUUGGAGAUUAUAAAGAUGCUUUAAGAACUAUAUCAGAUUCUAAAAUUUAUUAUGAAUAAUAUGUUAAUCAUAAUAGAAAUUAUAAAGGAUAGAAUCCAGUUCCAAUGAUUCAUGGAUAUAUAGCUUAUUAAUUAUAAGAUUAAGGAGGAGCAGUUGAUUAAUUCAAAAGAUAUGGAGAAGAUUGUUAUUCAAAAAUAUUCUUAAUGGCUCAUGAUUAUUAAUUAGCAGCUGACAAAACUAAAAAUGAUGAUUAAUAAUUUAAAAAAAAAGUUUUAAGAUAAAUUGCAAGUACAGGUAUGAAAUUAUUAUAACAUGAACCAAAAAAUAUAUAAGCAGCUAUUACUUUAAUAUUAGUUAUUGCUGAAUUAGGAAAAUAUACAGAGGCACUUAAUUUAUUAGGUGAUCUAUAAGAAUAUGCUAAUCAAUAACCAAGAAUUCUUAGUAAUUUAGCUAUUUUAGAUUGUUUAAUUAUGCCUAAUAAUAAUUAAUCAGCUAAAACAUAUUUUAAAAAAUAUUAUGAAAAAACUAAUUAUAAACCAGAUGAACAUACUGAUCUUGCUGUUGCUAAAAUGUAUUUAAACAAUAAGAAAUAUUAAGAGAGUGCAAAUGUUAUUAAAAGAUAAAUUCUUAAUAAUCCAGGAGAUUUGAAACAUAGACUUAAUCUCAAUAUGGUUAUUCAUUAAUAAUGUUAUGAAAUAUAAGAAGAAAAAUCUUCAUAUAAACUUUUGAAAACAGCAGUAACUUAUUUUAAAUGUUUAUUAAAAAGUUAUGAAUAUAUGUCAUAAGGUUUAUGUUGGUAAAAUAGAGAAUAAUAACAUGAAACUGAAAAUAGACAUAUAAUUAGAUAGAAUCAUUAAUUAAUGAGAUAGAAGAGUGAAGAUAAAUUUAAUUUUAUUCAUAGUUUUUAAACUAAUUUUGAUAAAUUAUUGAAAGAAGCAGAAUAAAAGGAAAAAAUUAAAGAAGAAGAAUAAUUAUUAUUAGAAUAAUAAAGAAGAGAAAAACUUGAAAAAGCAGCAACAUAAUAACAAUAGAAAUAAGAAUAAAUAGAUUCUACAUAAAUGGAAAAGUUAGCUAAAAUUGCUGCAGAUUUAAUAAGUAAUCUUAAUAUGGAUUAAGAAUUUGAAACAUAAAAUUAAGGUGGUAAAACUAAAUAAGGUAAAUUAAGUAAAAAAGAGAAAAAAAGAAGAUAAAAAGAAUAAGCAAAAGCAAAAAAAGAAGAUGAUGAAUUUAUUAAUGAAUCUGAUGAUGAAGAUUACAAUUCUCAAUAAGCUGAAAUGGAUGAAUAAUUUGCAAAAGAUGAAAUAGGUGAAGAUUCUGAAGAAUAAUUAAAUGAAUAAGAAGCUUAUGAAAAGAGAAAUCUUAAUAAAUAAUCAAAGAAAAAGAAAAAAAUUAAAUAAAAAGAAGUGAAAUAAAAAUCUAGAUUAUAAGUAAUAAUUUUUAUAUAUAUUUAUUAGAAAUAAGUUGAUAUAAGUGAUGAAGAAGGUGUAUAUGAAUCCUAAGAUGACUCUAAUAAAUAUGAAGAUUUAUUUUGAA